AUGCGUUUCUCCAUCGUCUUCACCACCCUCUCGGCCCUUGCCCUGGCCAACGCCCAAAGCUCCAGCGGCGCUGACACCUCCGCCGCUGCUGAGACCACCGCUGCCGCUCAGACGACCGCCGAGUACAGUAACCCUGCCACCCAGUACUUGACUCAGACCAACUCUCUCGGUGUUGUUACCGGCCAGCCCGAGGCUGUCACCAGCCAGGCUAGCGUCAUCACCUCCCAGCAGCCCGCUGCCUCCAUCCCCGCUGGUCUGACCUCCCCCGUCGCCGGUGUCAGCUCCACCCUCUCCACUGCCACCCGCAGCGGCUCUGCUGCCUCUUCCUCCACUGGUACUUCCACCGGUACCACCACCGACUCCUCCUCUACCAGCACCUCUACUAGCAGCUCCUCCUCCGAGGACUCUAGCUCCAGUGCUUCCGCCUCCGCCAGCGCUUCCAGCUCUACCUCCGACGGUGGUGCCGCAGCCAUGGCCACCGCUGGCCCCGUCGGCUUCGGCAUGGUCGCCGGUGCCGCUCUCGUCGCCUUCCUGUAA